AUGACAACCGAAGUUAUGGAACCUGUGCAAAUAUAAAAGGAAGAAGUUGAUGUGCUCGAAUCAAUUUAUCUAAAUGAUAUGAAAUUAUUAAAAAGUUCUUAUCCUUUUAAGCUCGAAGUUAUUUGCAAACCCUUCACAAUUGGCUCUGAGGUUAGCGAAAAAUCAUAUAACCUUAAAGUAGUAAUUGAUUUUGUCAAAAGCUAUCCUAUAGAAGGAAAGCCCAGAGUCUCUUACGAGCCUAUAAGCGACAUUACACAAGAUCAUAUUGCCGAAAUAGAAUAAUUGACUACUAAGAUUUUAGCUAGAAAUACUGGUUUGCCAAUCGUUUUUGAGAUUGUUGAAAGCGUUAGAGAUUGGAUACAAUGCAACAUCAUCGAUUUAAUACUUGAAGAGAAGAAUAAAGCUUAGGAAAAGGCAAAAAUUAUUUAUCAUAGACCUACUUUCGAUACUUAUACUCCUUGUACAUUAGAGAACUUCUUGAAGUGGAAGGCCAGAUUUGAGGAAGACAUGGCCAAGCUUAAAUCUAAAAAUCCAAAGGAUGAUGAAACUAAGUUAACAGGUAGACAGUUCUUCUAAAGAUUAAAAGAGUAGCCCACUAAAGAAGUUGAGGAAGAAGAGCCUGAAGAAGACGAUGAUGAUAGCGACUACAAUGAAGAAGAUUCUGAUAACGAAGAAUUUGAUGAACAAAAACCUUUUAAUUGA